UUUAAUAGGAUUCUUUCAAUCUCUAUAUAAGUCAUAUUGCCCCUCAUGACGUAGGCGCCGUUCGAAGACCACGGGAUGGUCUCUGGCUUUCUAAGUUGUAGCUUUAACCACCAAUAACUUGGUAAUAUUUUUCAGGAUUUCAACAAGGUGGUGUAUUGAAUUAACCAUUAAAAUCACGUUAUUUCCCCAGACUUUAAUUACCUAAAGCAAAGCUAAUCCGAACACUCGAAAGUAGGGUGCAUGCGGAGUUAUCGUACGUGCUACUGAAAACAUAACUUCUGACAUCGUGUGUGGUUCGCGUCAACUUGCAAAAUGAUCAGCACGCCAUGAUUUCUCCAAAAUGUCUUCAUUAAACGGUGAACAGCAACCCGUGAAGCUGUCACUACCAUUGGUAAAUUAUUCCAUGUAGCUCCUCGUGCGCGAGAUGCUAAUAGACUGCAGAAAUACCAACAAGAGAUAUUUCAAGAGCUUCGACAAAAGGAUGAACUUGUCGUCCUUGCUCGCGGUCUCGGCCUUUUAAGACUUGUUACGAACCUCCUCCACUCAUAUGAUGCGGCGGGAAACAAUCUCAUAAUAUUGAUUGGUGCAGAUGAUAGAGAGAAUGGAUGGAUUGGAGAGGCAUUGGCUGAGCAUGCUGCCAUUAGCAUGGCUCUCAAAGCGCGGGGUCUUUCGGUCGUCAAUACGGAUCUCAUGAGCGUCGGCACAAGAGAAAAGAUGUAUGCACAAGGAGGGAUAUUUAGUAUUACAUCUAGGAUUCUUGUUGUUGAUCUUUUGACCAAUCUAUUGGAUCCAGAAACUAUUACAGGCGUGGUGGUCCUACAUGCAGAUAAGGUUGUAGCUACAUCACUGGAGGCGUUCAUACUUCGGAUCUACAGACAGAAAAAUAAGGCUGGAUUCCUCAAGGCCUUUUCGGACAACCCGGAACCACUUGCUACAGGAUUCUCGCCACUGUCGACUAUGAUGCGAAAUCUGUUCCUCCGUAACGUCUCGAUAUGGCCAAGGUUCCAUAUAAAUGUUGCGCAAGCUUUGGAAGGCAAGAAAAAGGCGGAGGUGAUUGAACUCGAAGUGUCAAUGUCUGAUUCCAUGCGAGAUAUCCAGAAUGCCGUAAUGGAAUGCGUAGAGGUUAGUAUCGGAGAAUUGAAGAAAUCGAACUCUGGAUUAGAUAUGGAUGACUGGAACGUCGACAGUGCUCUGCAUAAACAAUUCGAUAUGGUCAUUCGCAGGCAGCUUGAUCCAGUAUGGCAUCGAGUCAGUUGGAAGACGAAGCAGAUUGUCAAUGACUUGACCGUUCUGAGAGGGAUGCUACAUUCUUUACUAACGUACGAUGCGGUUUCAUUCAAUCGUCAUUUAGAUAUGAUCCUUGCUGCGCACCAACCUCCCGCAGGAUCUACGAGGCAAAACCAAUCCCCUUGGCUAUUUCUUGAUGCGGCACACACCGUGUUUGAUACCGCAAAGAGACGGGUAUAUACCGGUAAGGCGGCACGAACGGAGGAUGUUGAUUCUUUAAAGCCAGUGCUAGAAGAGCAGCCAAAAUGGGCAGUACUCGCUGAAGUGCUAGAUGAAAUUGAUCGAGACCUCUAUUUCAACCACGUCCCAGUGGAUGAUUCGAAUGGCACGAUCUUGAUCAUGUGUACAGAUUCUGCCCAAUGCUGGCAACUGCGGGAAUAUCUUCAAAGUAUGAACGCUCGUCCGGAUACGGAUGAGGAUAAUGUGGAUGGAGAACAGGAGCCAUCGGCGGAAAUUAUGAUGAGGCGGAAACUGCGCAGCUACUUGGAGUGGAAGAAAAAGUUUGCCAAAAUCAGCGCGGCUCUUUUCAACGAAAAUCAAAAUGCACUAAACGGUACUAGUAACACAAACAAUGUCACGAAUAACCCCCGAGGUAGGGCUCCGACAAAUAAAAGGAGGAGAGUGAGAGGUGGUGCUCCGAGCUCAGGAUCCACACGUGCUACAAAUGGCAGCCUACAAGCUGCAGAAGAUAAGCCUCUCGAGGUUGCUGAACUGGUGUCAGAGAUAAAACCCACAGAAGUGGAGGCAUUACAGAAGGCAGAAGUCAUUGCAGAUCCUCUUGACAAUAUGGAAGAUUACUAUCAGCUUUAUGAAAUGAAGGAUCUCGUAGUUGUUCACGCCUAUGAUGGGGAUUUGGAUGAGCAUAUUCUCGAAGAGGUAAAACCGCGGUACAUUAUCAUGUACGAGCCCGACACAUCUUUUGUUCGUCGGGUAGAAGUUUAUCGAUCUUCACACAACGAUCGAAAUGUCCGAGUGUACUUUCUUUACUAUGGUGGAUCGGUAGAGGAACAACGUUACCUGUCAUCAACUCGCCGGGAAAAAGAUGCCUUUACCAAGCUUAUUAAGGAGAAGGCUAAUAUGUCUGUUGUACUGACCCUCGAUGCGCAUGGUAUUGAAGAUCCACAAGAAGCCUUUCUCCGUACAAUAAAUACCCGUAUUGCGGGCGGAGGACGUUUGGCCGCUACUGCUCAGCCACCACGGGUCGUAGUUGAUGUCCGAGAAUUUCGUUCCUCACUUCCAUCCCUACUUCACGGUCGUAACAUAGUCGUAGUGCCAUGCAUGCUUACUGUCGGAGAUUAUGUUCUUUCUCCGAACAUUUGUGUAGAGCGCAAAUCAAUCAAAGACUUAAUCUCUUCAUUUAAAGACGGUCGUUUGUACACUCAAGCCGAGACUAUGCUCGAACAUUACAGGUCACCAAUGCUACUCAUUGAAUUCGACCAAGGCAAAUCUUUUACCCUUGAACCAUUUGCUGAUCUCUCGGGAUCAUUAUCGUCCGUAUCGGCUGCAAAUGCAUCAUCUGACCUUCAAUCCAAGCUCGUACUCCUCACUCUCGCCUUUCCUAAGCUCCGCAUAAUAUGGAGCUCUAGUCCGUACCAGACUGCCGAGAUAUUCGAAAGUCUCAAAAGUCAAGAGCCCGAACCAGAUCCCAUACAAGCCGUGAAAAUCGGGCUGGAAGGUGGUGCAAGUGCCGAGGAUCAAGCUUUUAACCGGGAGCCUCAGGACAUGUUGAGAGUUGUACCGGGGGUCACAGGGAAGAAUCUGAGUAAUCUGGUGGUGGAGUUGGGGAGCAUCAGGGAGGUAGCUAAUGCAAGUUUGGAGGAAUUGGAGCCGGCGGUUGGGAAGGAGGCUGGGAGGCAGAUUCAUCGGUUCUUUAACAAAAGUGUGCUCGAAUGAUGAGGCACGCGAUGCACGAAAUAAUUCGCAGGCUGUAUCCAACUCAAAUACAGCUACUAAACAAAUAUCUAGCAGGCCUCCAACCUUGCGCAAUAAUUCAAUCCACGUUUGAUGGUCCAAUUCCUUUGGGCUUAACCUGGAGUUUAGGAAAGAAUAUGUUUCACUGUGCAGUAUAUUUCGUCUAUCGCUUAUGUGGCCGAGUUUUGGAGUAAUACGAAGGAGCCAGCCAGCACCAGCUAAUCUAAUAAAUGCUAUGUAUGAUAAGUGAUCGCUUCCACUACCACCAUUUGACAUGGCAUGCUGAGUAUUAAUAAAUGCUACCAAACCCAUCGUAGAUACCAGACCACCAUGCUUCGAAAUCAACCAUCCUGAGUUUCAGACACUGAUACCACACUGAUUAUGUUUCAUUUUCGAAGCACAAGUACAACUCGAUGUGGUGUUUGCCAACGCCCACGCUCCGUUUAUCACCCUCCUAUCGUUUUUCCCAUUAAACAUGUGAAAAAUAGGGCGGAGCAAUGGCCAUUGUCACAUACUAUGUAGUGUCACUUCUAUAUUCCGAA